GGCUCCGGCCACGCACCUCACGAGUCACCAGGGACAGGGACAAACGCUACGCAAAAUCAACGAACGCCCAGCGCCCAGUCAAACACUCGGACCCCUUCUCCUCCCUUCCCCCCCUCGCCGCCUCCCCGGACCCCGUCCCGAUCCCACCGAACCCAUGGCGUCGGAGAUCGAGGUGCUCGAGGACACCACCACCUCCUCGACCUCCCUCGUCGCGGCCGCGGCCGCGGCCGCGGCCCCUUCCGCCGCGGAGGGCGCGGGGGCGCCGGCGGAGGACGAGUCGCUGAAAAACGACGUGUACACCGCGGCGGCGUACGGCGAUCUGGAGAAGCUGCAGCGGCUGGUGGAGGGGGAGGGCCGCCCGGUCACCGAGCCCGACGGCGGGGGCUACCACGCGCUCCAGUGGGCCGCGCUCAACAACCGCGUCGCCGCCGCGCAGUACAUCCUCGAGCAUGGAGCAGACAUAAAUGCUGUGGAUCACACUGGACAAACAGCACUUCACUGGAGUGCUGUACGUGGUCAUAUUCAAGUUGCUGAACUACUUCUGAAAGAAGGAGCUAAGGUGGAUGCUGCUGAUUUAUAUGGGUAUCAGGCGACACAUGUUGCAGCACAGUAUGGUCAGACUGCAUUCAUUUACCACAUUGUUGCGAAAUGGAAUGCUGAUCCAGAUAUCCCUGAUAAUGAUGGAAGGAGCCCUUUACACUGGGCUGCUUAUAAGGGAUUUGCAGACUCCAUACGGCUUCUUUUGUUUUUGGAUGCUUAUAGGGGACGGCAAGACAAAGAAGGUUGUACUCCUUUACAUUGGGCUGCUAUUCGGGGGAACCUUGAGGCAUGCACUGUCUUAGUUCAGGUUGGCAAAAAGGAUGAUUUGAUGGUGAAAGACAAAACUGGCUUAACUCCAGCACAGCUUGCUGCCGAUAAGAAUCAUCGGCAAGUUGCAUUUUUCCUCGACAAUGCUAGGAGGGUACACGACAGAGGAUGUGGUGCAAACACCAGAUUUGGGAAAUUGUCAAAAUUAGGGCUUGCUCCUCUUCUUUGGUGCACCAUUAUUGGCAUGCUUAUUAUUUACAUGCACUCUGUUAUAUCAGGACAAUAUGCCACAACUAUGACAGCACCAUUUGGGAUGUUCGCAUGGUCAGGAGUUUUUCUUGCAACAGCUGGCUUGGUCAUGUUCUAUAAAUGUAGCAGGAAAGAUCCAGGUUACAUCAACAUAAAUACAAGGGGCUCACAAAAUCAAAGGGACGAUGAACCGUUGCUGAAGAUGGAGUUAGAAAAUCCUGCACUUCUUUCUGGCAACUGGUCACAACUUUGUAUAACCUGCAAAAUAGUCAGACCUGUUCGUUCAAAACAUUGUUCUACAUGUGAUCGUUGUGUGGAGCAGUUUGACCACCACUGCCCUUGGGUAUCUAAUUGCAUAGGAAAGAAGAACAAAUGGGAAUUCUUCAUGUUCCUCACUCUAGAAGUUUUUGCAAUGAUCAUUACCGGCUCUGCUGCCAUUAUAAGAAUUGUAAGGGAUCCAGAUUCUCCAUCAUCCUUUGGUGCUUGGAUUCAUUAUUCUGCGUUCCAGCAUCCUGGGGUGGUUUCAUUUCUCGCACUGGAUUGUUUCCUUUUCUUUGGUGUUGCAGUGCUUACAGUUGUUCAAGCAUCACAGAUUGCAAGGAACAUUACAACAAAUGAGAUGGCAAAUUCCAUGAGAUAUGCAUAUCUCAGAGGCCCAGGUGGCAGAUUCAGGAACCCAUAUGAUCAUGGGAUUCGCAAAAACUGCUCUGACUUCUUGUUCAAUGGAUACAAUGAGGACACUGAACGGCUAGACCAGGCAUUGCACACUGAUGAGGAAAUGGGAAUGAUACAGAUGACAAGUGCAGUUUCACAGAAUGGUGACAAUCAUUUACAUCAUGCUAAUGGCACCGACCAUAGUUGCGCUGAUUCACAAGCAAACUCAAAACCUCAUAGCCAAGUGGGUUCAUCUCAGUGUUGUGAUCACAGUAAGAAGACUGAUAGGACACCGUUGGGCCUAGGAUUGGGCCUUGGGCGAAACAGUGCGUCCCGGCAGUAUGUUCGGUCUCUUAUCCCAUUGUGAUCCAUCAUUUGGAGAUCAUGUGUUUGUUUUGCUGUAGAUUGGAUUUGUUCACUGCUCCGGCUCCAUCUUCUGUUAUACGUGCCCUUGACAUGGUUCACCAUGUAGCUUUGGUUGGGCAGGGUUAACAUUGUUGGGCCAUUAGCUCAGGAAUACUCUCAGGUAUAUCUAGUGUUGUAGUUUUGCGGUGAACUCAGAGAAGUUGAAGGUAAGAAUACCAGAUGAUCUGCAGUCAGGAAACACCAGAGAGCUUGUGCAGAAAAGGUAACAAGUUAUGGGCUUAUGGCAGAUGCACUACCAUGAGAUGUCUUUAUAAUUGUUGUGUACAUCAGAUUCGGUGGUACCCCCAUACGAGUUUGGAAAAGGUAACUGUAAAUUGAGAAUUGUAAAUUGAUCAGUAAGCUCAGUGCAGUGCUAGCUGUUUUCCUACUUUCCAUUCAUUUUUGGGUCGGGUUAUUGUUAUGAACCACGGAAAGAAUUUUCAGUUUUUCGGUAUGGGUACCCCAGUUACAGUUAGUCUGGUUAUUGGUACUGGUGGUGCACGAUUGUGUGAGUGCUUCAGAGUUUAGGAUAUUGUUGUCACGAAACAUGUUUAUACUGACAGAAAGAUUGAUGGAAGUUGUAUGGUAAAUAGCUGUACUUUGCCAUGUUACUGUGGCAUGACUA